AUGGAGAAAGGGAAAGAAAUGGCAGAGGGAGUGUUGCAGUUCGAUGAGACAACGAUAAGCGCUCAAAGAGCUGCAAGGAGUGGAAACUGGAGAAUGUUCAAGAAAAUCUUGGAGGAAGACCCAAAGCGUUUGGUGGAGCCUUUUGACUUGUUUGGGAACACUGCCAUUCACAUUGCAACACGUUCCAACAAUCCAGGGCUUCUCCGUGAGUUGUUGGAAAUGCUGAGUGAGAAGGAGAGGUGGCAUGCAUUGAGGAAGGGAAAUUGUGUGAAUAACACCCUUCUCCACGAGAUCAUCUUCUGUACUACGGUGGAGAUGGCUGGUGUUGUGUUGAAGUUUGAGAAUGAGGCUGCACCAGAAGACAUAACAGAAGAAAAGAAAAGACAACCAUUGCUAGAGAUCGUAAAUGACUCAGGUGAAACCCCUCUCUUUAGGGCUGCUAAACUUGGCAGGCUUAAGAUGCUCAAGUAUAUGGCCAGUCAUGCUGAGGGUGACAUAAGAAGGCUUUUUGUUAGAUUUGACAAAUAUUCCAUUCUUCAUGCAAGCAUUCUUGGACAGUUUUUUGAUGUUGCUAUCUGGCUGUUGAAUAUGGAUGAAAAACUAGCUCAACACAAGGAUAUGAAUGGAAUGACAUGUCUUCAACUUCUAUCCAAUAUGCCACUUGUAUUUAGGAGCCAAGCACCUGCCAUGGGAACAGUGAAGAAUCUUAUAUAUAACAUGCUUCCUGAGGAAGGAUAUGAGAUCCAUGAUGAUGAUGAAAAUGGCAGUGCCGACUACUACACACGUCAAAGGAACGAUAUAGAAAGCGGCCAACAAGACAAGGCAAAGUUUCCUAGUUCAGAGUUUGAUGGGAUUGGACGUAUAUGGAAACUAAAGAAGCAGCAUAAAUUAGCUGAGCAUCUGUCUGAGUUGUUAGUGGAGAAGGACUUUUCAUGGCAGAUUUCGUUUCAUGAAAACUUCCAACCCUUGAUUGUAUUGCCGGUUCUUUCCUCCAAAUCAGACAGGAUAAAACACCUUCACCACACGAAGGAGAUGCACAAGAUCAACAGUGAAAUGUCUCGUUCCAGAAGUUACAGACCUAUAACCACCGCAAUAAGUUUUCCCCAUUCUCAGAACUACACGCCACUUCUCAUGGCAGCUGGCUCAGGAAUCGUGGAAAUCGUUGGGAAAAUCAUUGACAGGUUUCCGGAGGCCAUUUGUCACGUUAGCCAGGAUGAACACAACGUUCUACACAUGGCUGUGAAGCACCGUCAGCUGAAGAUCUUUAACAUGCUAAAGAAACAUUCAGCAUUCAAAUCAUUGAUAUUCCGGAUAACUGCAGAAGGUCGUACUCUCUUGCACCAAAUUUCGAGAAUGGAGUUUUACGUAGAGCAGCACCUACCUGGUGUUGCAUUCCAACUCCAAGACGAGCUGCGCUGGUACGAACGAGUGAAAGACAUUGUUCCAGCAUACUACCUGAUGCACUGCGACAAAGACGGGCUAACAGCGGAAGAUGUUUUGGAAAUGGAGCAUAGGGAGAUGCACAAAGAAGCAAAAGGGUGGAUUAAGGAAACGGCACAGUCAUGCUCAACCGUGGCUGUCCUUGUUGCCACGGUGGUUUUUGCGGCGGCCUACACCAUCCCAGGUGGCACUAAUCAGAACAAUGGCACGCCUUUGUUUCUGGGUUCUCGCGUGUUCCUGUUUUACACCGUGACGGACGUUGUGGCACUUGUGAGUUCACUGGCAUCAGUGGUGAUGUUUCUGUCAAUCCUGACAUCCCCUUUUGAGCUGUGGGAUUUCCGAAGGUCUCUGCCGCAAAAACUGAGCUUAGGGUUUGCAUGUCUCUUCUUCUCGCUGGUGUGCACGAUGCUGACAUUCAGUGCAACAGUUUUGCUGACCAUUCGGUUGGAGAAUCACCAGAAAUGGGCUUCGGUUUUGUUUUGCUGUGCUGUGUUCUUUCCUGUGGCAUUCUUUUGGAGAAUGCAAUUUCCACUUUACAAGAUGAUUCAACAUCUCGCUAAGCGCCUUUUCAAGACGCUAAGACAAGCAGUGCCAACAACGUUUGUCAAAUAUUCCAGGAAAAGGGCUCAGACAAGAAAUUAUAACGUUAUCAAUGACUGA